AGCUCGCCAACCCAAUUAAACGCUGUGAAAAUAAUAUUGGAGCUCAACCUUACACGAAAAACAAGAAACCCAGCUAGCUAGAGUUAGCUAGCUAGAUACAUAUAUAUAUAGCUCUAGCUGUGAAUUAUUCAAGCCUGCUGUGUUCCUGUUCUGAGUAUUAUGAUUCGUUUCAUUCUGAUACAAAACCGAGCAGGAAAGACUCGGUUAGCAAAGUGGUACAUGCACUUUGAGGAUGACGAAAAGCAGAAGCUGAUUGAGGAAGUUCACUCGAUUGUAACUGUCAGGGAUGCCAAACAUACAAACUUUGUAGCUUUUCGCAACUUUAAAAUUGUCUACCGCCGCUAUGCCGGUCUGUUUUUCAUUAUCUGUGUGGACCUAGACGACAACAAUUUGGCCUACCUUGAAGCUAUUCAUAACUUUGUUGAGGUCCUGAACGAAUUCUUCCACAAUGUGUGCGAACUGGAUCUUGUUUUCAAUUUCUACAAGGUGUAUGCUGUUGUGGAUGAAAUGUUCCUUGCUGGUGAAAUACGGGAAACCAGUCAACAAAAGGUUCUCCAACAGCUGCAUUAUCUAAACACACUCGACUGAAUUCCCAGUAGUACUAUGUUUCUACUGAUCGAACAUUUUACAGCAGCAGUACAUUAAUGUUUCACAUGAAAUAUUAUACCUUUG